AAUUGGUCUUUCUCCCGCUUCUUGUUUCAACUCCCUCAGCGAGAGUAGGAGGAGAACACGCCAGAGAGCGCGCUUUUCAAUCGGCUGCGAUUGGAGCGCCUAGCUCUCGCGAAGCUUCUAUCUGAACCCAGAAAAGUUAGCCCGUUUCAAUUUUCUCAAGAGUAGGGGAAUGGUUGCUCACCCAUCACCCUUUCUCGGGUCGUCUUCUGAGAAGAAAUAGUACUUUGGAGAAAGUUUGUUCAGGAUCGCCAAUUCGCGUCCACGGAAUAAAUUUGCGUUUCAUAACGCAGGAGGGGGGGGGUCUUCUUGUAGAGAAUUUGUAUCCUUGCAUAAAGAAACAGUAGUUACAUACUUGCUAGAUGUGUACAGUUAUAAAACUGGGAUAGGCAACCUGGUUCCAAUCAAGCAUUUUCGCAUUACAGAUACUGUAACUGCAAAGGUGGUCAGAUAAAGCUGUGACUCUAUUCUUUUUAGCUUAAGGAAACAGUAUCUUGACUAUGCAAAAAGUUGCGUUCUUAGAUACGCCAGUCUUUAAUUUAAUUGUUUCUAAUCGGGGGAACUCUUCAGGUGUUUGAAUGCUCCAGGAACUCAGCUAAAGUUAAGCUAUCAUUGAAAUUCAAGCUAAAAAUUAGAAGGCAAAUUAGUUGAGAAACAUUACUCUAAGCAUUAGCAGGGAUUGAAGGAACUAUUAAUGAAACAUAUCAAAAGGAUAUCAGGUUGCCUAUUAGUGGCUGAAUAAUAAAGUUUAUUGAAUAUCUUCUGGCCUUAUAUAAGAAAUUCUGAAUAUUUGAACAAAAACUAUUGAAAGGAACCUGCAAGUUUGGGCAACUUGGCUGUGUUUACUGAUUUUUGCUGUUUCUUCUCCCUUCUAUUUUUAUUUUAUUUUUUUGCCUGCUUAGGAUCCAGCUUUUCCUUCUGAAAAGAAAAACCUGGGAUUGCAUUUGGCUCUUGGCCAAACUGAUGAAAAGGUCCUGGAGAAAAUGAAAUGGCUGUCACAGCAGAUAGAUAAUGACCUGGACUGGAAUGCCACUAAAUUGUUGCUCAGUUCAACAAUGCUUGUCAACUUAUCCUUACAGCUCUGUGCAACAACUGAUAAUGGAUUUGGCUGACAUAUUUAAUGCCCCAAGUGAUGAAGAAGAUUUUCUUGGUUUUGAACUUGACAUUCCCAUUGAAACAUUGUCAUUGGAAGACAGGAAUGAGAAUGUUGAUUUGCCUGGAACAUCAGGAAUGGCAAUGGAAUUAGAACCAGACAACAACCCAUCUUUAAUGGAGGAAGAUAAAGAAAAGGAAGAAGAAAUGGAAAUUGAAUCAUCUCAUAAGAAAAAAAGCUUCAAAAUUCAAGGGGCAUUGCAGCUUCCUAACAAAUCAGCUGAAAAGACUUCACCCAAGUUCUGUUCAUCAAACAGUAAUCAAACAAAAAAUACAAAUGGGAGAAAUGAAGAUCAAGAUACUUCUUCUGACUCUGAGAUAGAUGAGGCACCAGAUGAAAAUUCUAAUGUACUUUUGAAAAGAGAUCAGAAUAUAAAAGAAAAUAAAGCUGUGCUUGCUCAGUUACUAGCAGAACUAGAUUCUAUACCUCCCUCAAUCCAAAUGAAGACUUCUUCCUCAGCUCCGAAACGAAAGAAAAAACCAAGGAAAAUAUCUUCAGGAGGCCCAAUACAGCGUCGAACUAAUCCAACCAGGAGUGCUCGUCCCCCAGAAAACUUUGGUGUGGAGAGAAGCCCAUCUGUGGAAUACCUUGAUAAUGAAACCUACCACAACUUGUUGAAGAGAAAAUUAAAUGGGCAUAUUUUAGGAAUGCCAAAAAAAAGAAAAUUAUCAAGAAUUGCAGCACUUCGAUCAAUUGUUAUAACAAAUGAAGACUUGGCAAAUAUUGCAUUUACCAAUAAAGAUAAAAUCCACCAUAAGAUUUUGGGAACCACAUGCCAUCAGUGUCGCCAAAAGACAAUGGAUACAAAAACAAUUUGUCAUAAUGAAGACUGUGUCGGUGUGCGGGGACAGUUCUGUGGGCCAUGUCUCCGUAAUCGCUAUGGAGAAGAUGUGAAAGUGGCACUUCUGAAUCCAGAAUGGUUGUGCCCUCCUUGCCGUGGAGUAUGCAAUUGCAGCUACUGUCGGAAACGUGAUGGUUACUGUGCCACGGGAACACUUAUCCACUUGGCAAAGCUUUAUGGCUAUAGCAAUGUAAGGGAGUACCUUGAAAGUUUGCCAAUGCAUCAUGUUAAUGGAAAUCAGUGAAAAUACUCAAGACACCUGUGUGAAUUCUGAUCUUGGUGAUUUAUGCAUAUACUAUACUUACUUAAAAAUUUAAAUCUUGAACUUUCAUUUAUAAUCAUUAUGUUUAAAUAAUUUCAGAAAUGUAGAAUAACCACUUUUGAUUUAUUAAAUAUUUCUAAGGGAAAAGGCUGUUAAUAUUGGGAACAGCAAUAUUUUCCUGCACAUAAUAAAUGAUCUACUGUUUAAAAAUGUUUUUCUUUAGAGACUUAGUUUAGAAAUAUGAUUCUAAAAUAUUUAGAAAUAGUAAUAGUAAAAUAUUUAGUAAUAAUAAUAGUAAAAUAUUUAGUAAUAGUAAUAGAAAAUUUAUAAAUAGUAAAUUGACCUUUGUAAUUUAAGUCAGAUCUUUAAACUUCUGAAGACAAACAAUCCAAAUCACUGUUUGUUCUACUUUAUAUGCAGAAAAAUGCUAUAAAGGUCAAUAUUGUUUAAAAUUAGUAAGGGCAUAAUUCAGCCCAGUUCUGAAACGGUUAUAAAAGUCCAGGAAAAGACAUGGCUGCUCUAAUGAUAAAAAAAAGGUGCUUCUUAAUGGCCAUUUUGUUUUUCAAGGACCAGCCUGGUCCUAAACAUAUAUUUGUUGAAAUUUGUCAUUCAGUUCUGUUGGAUUUAAAGUUGCUUUAUGGCCAGGAGCUUCACAGGAUAAACAGCAAGAAGAAAAUUAUAUAAGUCUUUGCACAUCAGAUGUGGUGUUGACUAUUUUCAUAUUCAGUGUGCUCUCUUAGCAAAUUAAUCAGGACAAUAAAUGACUAAUUUAGGCUACAAAUUAAGCCAAGUUUAUUUUCAUUUUUUUUGUUAAUGUUAAUUGAAAGAAAACUGCACAUCGCUUAAUAGUGUCUUUUUUUUUUUAGGAUAACUAUAGUUUGCAAAAAUACAGAAGGUCACUAGGUGGCAGCAGAAUUAAGAGUCCUGUGUGCUUUUGCUACAAAAUUGUAGUGUUGUGUAUUUUUGCAAUCCCAGUUAAAGUAGUUACCAUAGUUAACAUAUUUUACUCUUUGAUUAUAAUUAAGAUUUUAAGUUUUUGCAUACAGCUAUAUUAUAUAUUUAUUUUUUGCUUUUGUUAUGCAAAGCAUACAGGUGACUUUUUGAAAUUAACUUGUAUUGGUCUUACAGCAUACAUUCUGUCUGGGGCCAAUGUGCCAUUUAUAGAAACUUGAAAUGUUAUUCCCUCAGGUGAAGGGGGUGUAAACCAAAGGUUCAU